UCUUCCCUUCCUCUCCCAUCAUAUCAUCUACAAAUCUACAGACCCUCAAAUCUUGGUCACAUCUAUUCAGCGUUUCUUGCCUGUUUUUCUUAUUCACGAGCUGGAGCUCCUUUUGAUCAGUGCUUGACGCAUCCACCAACUACUUACUCGCCACACACCGAGAAGGUACAUCUCCCUUUGUUUAUACCGUCGUGUCCAUUCCAAACGACCCAAACAAAGACAUCAACCACAACAACAAACAACCACGCGCAAACAAACAACUUUUUAUAUAACUCUAUACACAUACCAGCCCAGCGCAGGUCGCAAUUCACAAUUACAAACUCUUGCGAUCAACUCUUCACACACACAACAACCGUCACCAUGGCUUCUUCAACCGAGACAACUUGCUACUACCUCGUUCCCAAUCUCCAGGCCCUCGACCCCUCAGCCCGCGAAGUCGACGCUUCAGCCUACACUUGGGUCCAGCCCACCAUCAUCGAGGAUGAGGAUCUUACCUUUGGCGGAAAGGCCUUGAGUACCUGGUAUGAGGAGGAACGUCGCCGUCUCAGCAGCGGCAGCGACGAGGAGGAGCGCCGCGGACGCGAGCGCGUGAGGAGGAAUUACUCGCGAUCUUCCAAGUCGCACAAGAAACGCGUCCAACGACCUCGACAUCUACCGCCACUAGCAAUCCCAUGCUUUCUCCACGGAUCAGCCUGUCAAACAGACAAGGCAUCUCCAUCUACCAUCUACCUCUUGCAUCCUACCUCACAGACCUCGCCAUCACAACGAAACGACUAUAGACACUCAGACUCAGAUAUCCACCCAACCCGAUACACCUCCAACCUCUUCCACCUGGGAACACACAUGUACAACUUCCCUCAAACCCAACCUACCUCUUCUCUUUUGCUCGGUCUACAUCAGCAUCAGCAUUAGCAUUCGGAACUCUCACGGAAAGCGCAUUUAGACUUAUGGAGAAACACGCAUUUCUCUGCCGAACCCCCAUUUCAUCAUCUGUGCAAGGCGGGAAAGCACAGAAGGGGGUCUCGCAACAUCCUUCAGGCGUUGUUUUAUUGUUUUAUUUUGCAUUUGGGAUACCCCACACGGUUGGAAAUUAUUUAUUACCACGACGCACGCGGGCGUGACUUUCACUGUCCUGCUUCUGUGAUCUCGGUGCGAAGGGGGGCAAAGGGAAUCGGAUCCUGGAUUAUGAGAUGGGCGGCGACUCUGAUCCCGCAAGAGGUAGCUCUUACUGAAUGGCAG